GUGCGCGAAUUUUCGAAGAGUUACCUGACCCGGCUGCCUGCGUUGUCGCCGGUGGUAACGCGCACUCCUCCCUAUCCGGACGGGGUGAUGACGGUCACGUGACCGUGUUUGGCGGGCGAGUCAUGCUCGUGCCCCGGGGGUAUAUAGGCGGCGGUCGGCCGGCGGGCGCCAUCCGAUCACGAUGCGUCUCUCCACCACGCUGCUGCUGUGCGUGUGCCUGGCGGCCGUUCUGCUGGCCGCAGAGGCUAGUCCCAAGCGCGGCCAGAGGGGCGGCAGGGGCCGUGGUCGUGCGGCCAGGCAGCGGGGCGGCGGCGGCAGCUCUUCCGACGAGAGCAGCGCGAGCUCCGAGGAGAGCGGCGCGAGCUCCUCCGAGGAGGACGGCGGUCCUCCGCCCGAGGAAGGCACCACCACCGUGGACCCCGACACCGACACCGUGGACCCCGACACGACUGACGUCGACACCACGACCGAUACCGACACCACUCCUCUGACGGCCACUGAGGGUUUCUGAACGGGAGAACCGCCGCGGCUGCUGGUCUGAGGAGCUCGCCACGGGCGGCUGACGCCGGGACACCGACCGACGCACCCGCGGCUGCGGCAGCGACGUUCCAGAGGCGACGGCAGCGGGGUGAUCGGUGCUCUUGGGAAGAUUCAGCCGCCGAUGGACCAUCUCCUAUCGGACAGUCAACAGUUGUGAUCCCUCGCCGACGGCUGCUAGCUACUCCGGGGACGCUUGCCACCUUGUCGGAUCUGAUGAUUGAUUUCACAACCUUUCGCAAUUCAGAUUGCCUUUUGCACGCUUUUUACAUUAGUUGAUGUUAGCGUCAAAGUUGUUGUUACCCCCCCCCCCCUCCCCUUCGCUUAUUUCUCAACCAAAGCUUUUUGAGCCUAGUGCAUAGCCGUGUUUUCUUAUCUUCACAAUUCAUACAUGUAAAUUGUGAUGCUGUAUUUCGUUCUUUGUCAUGCAUGACCGGUACUGUAAUCGCCUCUGUACGGAAAUCUGAAGCAAUAAACGCACAUGAUACCUAA